UGCCAACUUGCCAUAAUCCACAACCUAAAAACUAAAGCUACUUCUCUCAAAACUGUAGUUACCACGACAGAUUUCUGUAAAAUAAUAGCGACUGAUGGAUGUUUUGACUAUUGGCGGGGUUUGGAGACGUUCUGACGGGCAUCAGACAGACUGGCUCCGCCCUCUGGCACCUGUAAAUCUGCCCUGAACGAGACGAGUGGAUAGAACGGAGCUGAACGCAACACGUUAGUGAAUGAGAGCGCACGGAAGAUCCGCGCCGUUCGCGGACACUCACGCAGGCUUUAAAUCGCGGGGAUGUUUUCCAUCAUGAUACAUAUCCAGCGUGCGACCUCGUUUAAAGACGCGACGAAGCGUUUCUAGUAGGAGUUUGGGUGCGUUUUGAGUGCGACUUUUCAGCUGCGCGUCACCGGUUGCGCGGAGAACCGAGCAGCGGGCGAAAGCGCAGAGCGCGGCGGGAGGAGAGUGCGCACACGCGGGGCUCUGCCCUGCCAAACAUGGCUGAUCGUCGGGAGCGGGGCGCUGCAGGGAUCUCCAGAAAGACGCUCGAUGCUCCCCACUGAAGAACCAGAAGAUGAUGAUGGUGAUGAGAAGCGGCUCUCCACAAUAAUGACUUAUCCGUCCUCGGUUCGGAACAUGGCUGUGAUCAUCCCCUACACCAGUGAUAUACCCUGUGACCCCAAAGGCCAGAGGAUGUGGUGGGCUUUCCUCGCCUCCUCCAUGGUCACUUUCUUCGGGGGUCUGUUCAUCAUCCUGCUGUGGAGGACCCUCAAGUACCUGUGGACGGUGUGCUGCCACUGCAAGGGUAAAAAGAAGGACGUGCACCGGGUCAGUAACCCGGUGGUGCUCGGUGACGGUGUGAUUAAAGUGGUGGGUCACCGGGAGUCCGAGGCGGCGGCCAGCGAGGUGGGAUGGAUGACCUCAGUGAAGGACUGGGCCGGGGUCAUGAUCUCUGCUCAGACGCUCACGGGACGCGUGCUGGUGGUGCUUGUCUUCGCUCUGAGCAUCGGAGCACUUGUGAUUUACUUCAUCGACUCCUCCAAACCCAUCGAAUCCUGUCAGCAUUUCGACAAGGACUACACAUUGCAGAUCGACAUGGCCUUCAACGUGUUUUUCCUCUUGUACUUUGGACUGCGUUUCAUCGCAGCCAAUGAUAAGCUAUGGUUCUGGCUGGAGGUGAAUUCAGUGGUGGAUUUCUUCACCGUCCCGCCUGUGUUUGUGUCUGUGUAUCUGAACAGGAGCUGGCUGGGAUUGAGGUUCUUAAGAGCCUUGAGGCUGAUCCAGUUUUCAGAAAUAUUACAGUUUUUAAAUAUCUUAAAAACAAGCAACUCCAUAAAGUUGGUGAAUUUGUGCUCAAUCUUUAUAAGCACAUGGCUGACGGCAGCGGGCUUCAUACAUUUGGUGGAAAACUCAGGGGAUCCUUGGGAAAAUUUCCAAAAUUCCCAACCGCUUUCCUACUGGGAGUGUGUGUACUUACUCAUGGUAACCAUGUCCACAGUGGGUUAUGGAGAUGUUUGUGCUAAAACAACCCUCGGCCGCCUUUUCAUGGUCUUCUUCAUUCUCGGAGGAUUGGCCAUGUUUGCCAGCUACGUUCCUGAAAUCAUAGAGUUAAUAGGAAACCGCAAGAAAUAUGGUGGUUCCUAUAGUGCAGUAAAUGGGAGAAAGCAUAUAGUCGUCUGCGGUCACAUCACACUGGAGAGCGUCUCCAACUUCCUCAAAGACUUCCUACACAAGGACAGGGAUGAUGUCAAUGUAGAAAUAGUUUUUCUCCAUAAUAUUUCCCCUAAUCUUGAGCUGGAAGCCUUAUUCAAGAGACACUUCACACAGGUGGAGUUUUACCAGGGGUCCGUCCUCAACCCUCACGAUCUCGCUCGAGUCAAGAUUGAGUCGGCCGAUGCCUGUCUGAUCUUAGCCAAUAAAUAUUGCGCAGAUCCUGACGCUGAAGAUGCAUCCAAUAUCAUGAGGGUGAUAUCCAUUAAAAACUACCAUCCAAAGAUCCGAAUCAUUACACAGAUGCUGCAGUACCACAAUAAGGCUCAUCUUCUCAACAUCCCGAGCUGGAACUGGAAGGAGGGCGAUGACGCCAUCUGCCUCGCCGAGCUGAAGCUGGGCUUCAUCGCUCAGAGCUGCCUGGCCCAGGGUCUGUCCACCAUGCUGGCCAACCUCUUCUCCAUGAGGUCCUACAUCAAGAUCGAAGAAGACACAUGGCAGAAGUAUUAUUUAGAGGGAGUAGCCAAUGAAAUGUACACGGAGUAUCUGUCCAGUGCCUUCGUGGGUUUGUCUUUCCCCACAGUUUGUGAACUCUGCUAUGUGAAGCUGAAACUCCUUCUGAUCGCGAUCGAGUAUAAAUCGGACCAGAGAGAAAGCAGCACGCUGAUUAACCCGGGCAAUCAUGUGAAGAUGCAGGAGGGAACGCUGGGCUUCUUCAUCGCCAGUGAUGCCAAAGAGGUGAAGAGGGCACUUUUCUACUGUAAAGCUUGUCACGAUGACAUUACAGACCCAAAACGGAUCAAGAAGUGUGGAUGCAAACGGACCAAGAAGUCCGCCUACAAGAGAAUGCAUCUGGCAUGUUGUGUAGCUUGCGGUGGGGCAGAACGUGGCUGCUCGUGCAUGUCAGACAGUGUGGCUAGUAACAUGGAGGUUCUGCACCGUGGCUUCCCCUUCUCUCCUGUGUCUCUGUAUGAUAACACGACCACUUUAUGCUCCUCUAAAAGUAACUAUAACGGAUACAUCAAAUCAAUAAAUGAUGAGCUCAGUCCAACAUUCCAGCCCCAGAAUCCCAAACCCGCCCUAAUGCGAGCUCAGUGCGCAGUGAGAGUGCCUCCUGCUGUCCCAGGCGUCCGUGUGUCAGUGCCUUUAGUAAAUAACCGUAAAGGCAGUCUGCUGUCUCCGGCUGCCUUAUACCUGCACAGACUCAGUCUGGCCAGCUCUAGAGAGCUGUAUCAGAACAGCAGCACUGGCACAGGAGCAUCUGAUGCCACCCGCCUGCAUCGGGCCUGUAGUCUGCCUGUUAAAUACAGAUAUCAUUCCAGCCACGGCUCCACCUCCACCAUCGGCCCGCAUACGUUCUUAGUGGAGGAGGAGCAGCAGUCGGCUCUGUCGCCCAAGAAAAAACAGCGUAACGGAGGAAUGAGAACGUCGCCCACAUGCUCACCCAAAAUAACAAGGCACGACCCGUUGUUGGUCCCUGGACAUGAUCAAAUGGAAACAAUGGAUGAGAACAUAAAGAAAUAUGAUUCGACAGGAAUGUUUCACUGGUGUCCAUCAAAAGACAUAGAGAAGGUCAUCCUGACUCGCAGCGAGGCGGCGAUGACGGUUUUGAGCGGUCAUGUGGUGGUUUGUAUAUUCGGGGAUGUGAAGUCGGCUCUGAUCGGUCUGCGUAACCUGGUGAUGCCUCUGAGAGCCAGUAACUUCCACUAUCACGAGCUGAAGCCCAUCGUGUUCGUGGGCUCUCUGGAGUAUCUCAAGAGGGAGUGGGAGACGCUACACAACUUCCCCAAAGUCUCCAUCUUACCUGGAACUCCACUGAGUCGGGCCGAUCUGAGAGCCGUCAACAUCAACCUGUGUGACAUGUGCGUCAUCCUGUCGGCCAAUCAGAACAACAUCGACGACGCCUCUCUGCAGGAUAAGGAGUGUAUUCUGGCGUCUCUCAACAUCAAGUCCAUGCAGUUUGACGACAGUAUUGGACUCUUACAGGCCAACUCUCAAGGUUUCACUCCUCCUGGCAUGGAUCGCUCGUCUCCGGAGAACAGUCCCGUACACGGAUUGGUGCGACAGGCGUCCAUAACCACCGGAGCAAACAUUCCCAUCAUCACAGAGCUCGUGAAUGACUCAAACGUCCAGUUUCUGGACCAGGACGAUGACGACGAUCCCGACACGGAGCUGUACCUCACGCAGCCGUUCGCCUGUGGGACAGCGUUCGCCGUCAGCGUGCUGGAUUCGUUAAUGAGUGCCACGUACUUCAAUGAUAACAUUCUGACCCUGAUCCGGACGCUGGUGACCGGCGGAGCUACGCCGGAGCUGGAGGGUCUGCUGGCGGAGGAGAACGCGCUGCGCGGAGGAUACAGCACUCCACAGACGCUGGCCAACAGAGACCGCUGCCGCGUCGCACAGCUGGCGCUUUACGACGGACCCUUCGCUGAUCUGGGGGAUGGAGGCUGUUAUGGUGAUUUAUUCUGUAAAGCAUUGAAGACGUACAACAUGUUGUGUUUUGGAAUCUACCGAUUAAGAGACGCACAUCUGGGAGCACCCAGCCAGUGCACCAAACGAUACGUGAUCACGAAUCCUCCGUAUGGCUUCGAGCUGGUGCCUACAGAUCUGAUCUUCUGCCUGAUGCAAUUCGACCACAACGCCGGCCAGACGCGCACCAACCUGUCCACUCACUCCACCUACUGCCCCAGCAAGAAGAGCCCAUCCGCCCACUCCAUCCCCUCAUCCGCCCGGCCGGGCCGCAGCCGGAGCCGCGACCUGCGCGACAAACAGAAUGCGCCCAGGACCAAUAGAGGGGUUUCAGAUAAAAACUGGUACACAGACGAACCUGAGAACAGCUUCCCUAGAAACACACAAACCAAACACACCAGCACACACACAGCCAAUCAGACCAAUCAGUACAAACCCACCAGCAACAUCAUCCAGCCAAUCAGAGAAGUGGAGGAGGAGCCUUGAGACGACCUCAUCGGACUCACCUGAUCACAGACGGAUCAUCAGAUCCUCACUGGAAAUCAGUGAUGGACUUCAGUGGUUCUCAACUGGUUUUGCUUUUGGAGAUCAAAUGGUGACCCAACAAGACCAACACUGUUUAUCAUAAAGAUGAAAAACACUUCCAACUUUCCUUUAACCCUCGUAAUGCAUUCAGAUCUGUUCUGAGCCAGAAGAGAUACAUAAAAGUUGCUUAGUUUUUAGUAAAGGAAUGAAACUUUGCAAGUGUUUUUAGACACCUCAAAGAACACGAUUUCAUUUUUCCUUUUUUUUUUUUUUAAAUUAAUUUAUUAUUUUUUAAGAGAUUCAACGAUUUCAAAUGUUCAGGUCAUUUUGACCCGGAGCACCAAUAGGUGUCAAAAAUACUUUUUAAAUUAUCUAUGGUGUUAAAUUUGUGUCAAAAAACACCUUUUCCCGUAUCUCACACACUUUUGGGACUGAAUUUUGCUGAUAAACGUGAAUAUAUACAUCUAUUAAUGAACCAUUGCAGCAUUCAAAACUGAUCACUGAUUCAUCUGAAAGUAAAAGUUUAGGCAAGUAAAUAAAUUUAUUUUGUAUGAAAAUUUUUCAGAGUAAUAUGUGACCUGAUCUGUAGCAAUAGCCAACCCACUGUAUGGGUCAAAAUUAUCCAUUUUUCUUUUAUGCCAAAAAUCAUUAGGAUAUUAAGUAAAAAACAUGUUCCAUGAAUAUAUUUUGUAAAUUUCCUGCCGUAAAUAUACCAAAACGUCAUUUUGAUUAGUAAUAUCAAAUAUAUAUUACAGUGUAACAGAUUUUUAUUUAUUGUUGAAUGUAUCACAAACAAUCUGUCUAUACUGUAUUGUGUGCAUUUAAUUCAUUGCAUCAAGCAUUGUUGUUCUCUGCCGACUUUUUUAAAAAAAAACAUACGUAAAAUACAUUUAUGACCAGUUGAGAACCACUAGUUUUGGAAAUAAGUAUCAGAAUUGCUAAAUAGAGCGUUAUAGAUCUAGAAGAGAUGAGCAUAGAAUGUACUGCACUUACUGUAGAUGACAGAAAUCUAUUCUAACUACGAGCUAAAUAUGUAUAAAGAAGUUUUCCUAGAUAUUAGCAGCACAUAAUUGGAUUUACAUCACUCUACAGUUGUCAUUAUUGGUGGGAAAUCAGCCAAAGAGCAUCAGUGUUGGAUCAGGUUAUCCGCCACAGGUCGCGCAGAGUGGGCACAGGUCCUCCCUCGGUCCGGCUCGGGAUUGGCCACAGAAUCCAAAACCAAUCCAGAUGCUGGACACAUUAAAUCUAGAAAAUAAACUACGAUUAUAGCUGGAUCAAAUGGCAGCUUCGCCGUGUUCUUGUACCAAUGAUUAUGCACUGUAGCAAUAAAUCUGCUGUUUCACCUGAGAUUUGUUUGGAUAACCGUGCAUUUUAUUGGGUUUUACCUCAAUAAUGCAUUGCGAGGUUUAAUCAGUUUCAUAGCCUCUGAGGCUAGAGGUUCAGUUUCAUGGCCUGUAUAAUGUUAAAUGUCCUUUUGAGAAUGAAACGCAUUCCACAUCUUGUGCCGAUAGAUUUGAUCUGCAGUGUUUCUUUAGCUGUUUGCUUUCGAUCUGAGCUUUUUACUGUUAAUAUCAAAGUGCUGUACAUCAUUUUAUAUGCAUUUAUUUGUCGCCUUGAGCUUCUGUUCACUUCUUCAGUCAUUCCAGUGCAUAUUAAACUCUGAUCAGGUUAAUCGUGUGCUUUAUUUAUAUACAUGUCACAUGAGCCUUAACAGAGCUGAUCUGAGAUCAGCAGAGCUGGACUCGAGGGAGGACCUGCAAAAGACCCGCUCCAGCGAAAAGUGGCCCUGAAAUCAUCAACAACAUCAAUAAAACCAUGCAACGAAGUUUAAGAUUUAAAGACUGGAUGACUGAAGAUGAGUGACAUGAAUUUGCUCAUGGUGUUUGAUUAGUAUGUAUAAUUUUAGUGAUUCACACAAGCAGACGUAUUUAAAUGAAAAUGUCUUAAGCAUUAAGUGUGAAUCAUGUGGUUUAAUAUGUUGAAUGAAGAGAGAACUGACUGGUGUGCUGCUGGAGUAUUUAACAUUAUAUACAUGGCGACGCAGAUAUAAAUACAAUAUAUUAUAAUGUACUGUACAAA